UCCCAAACUGGGCUGUUCCUUUGUUGGAAUGCUCUUCCGCCUCGGUAGACAUCAGUCUCCAACCCUGAAGCCAGAGCGAGCAAUGGGAGGGAGCUGCGCGCAGGGACAACGCCCCCGCCCCGGCCAGGUACUCCUUCCUUUCCUGCUGUCUUUGUUCUACCCCGGGCUCUGCCAGCCCGUCCGCUACUCCAUUCCCGAGGAGCUGCCCCGGGGUUCGGUGGUGGGGAACCUCGCCAAAGAUCUGGGGCUCAGCGUCCCAGAAGUGUCUGCUCGCAAGCUGCGAGUCAGCGCCGAGAAGCUGCACUUCAGCGUGGACGCGGGGAGCGGGGACUUGGUGGUGAAGGACCGCAUAGACCGCGAGCAGAUAUGUGGGGAGCGAAGAACGUGUGAGUUGCAGCUGGAAGCCGUGGUGGGAAACCCUUUAAAUAUCUUCCAUCUCGUUGUGAUGAUUGAGGAUAUUAAUGACAAUGCUCCGCAAUUCCGUAAAGACGAAAUAACCUUAGAAAUAAGCGAAUCUGUCAGCCCUGGGAUGGGAACGAUUCUCGAGUCUGCCAAAGAUCCGGAUAUUAAUGUGAAUUCACUAAGAACAUACCAACUAAGUCCUAGUGAGUAUUUUUCAUUGUUGGUGAAAGACAAUCCGGAUGGUGGCAAAUAUCCAGAGUUAGUAUUGCAGAAGUUUCUGGACCGAGAAACUCAGGGCAGCCAUCAUUUAGUGCUGACAGCCUUAGACGGUGGGGACCCGCCUCGAAGCGGUACCACUCAGAUUCAAGUCCUGGUGGUGGACGCCAACGAUAACCCCCCGCUGUUCAGCCAGGACGUGUACAGAGUCAGCCUUCGGGAGGACGUACGUCCAGGCACCUCUGUCUUAAGGGUAAGGGCAAGUGACCAAGAUGAGGGCAUCAAUGCAGAGUUCACCUACUCCUUCCUUGGUGCGGCUGACAAAGCCACGCACGUGUUCUCCCUGGAUUCCAACACAGGAGACAUUAUAACUCGUCAGCCCUUGGAUUUCGAAGAAGUAGAAAGGUAUACCAUAGACGUGGAAGUAAGGGACAAAGGAUCGCUCUCCUCACAGUGUAAAGUAAUCAUAGAAGUCCUAGAUGAAAACGACAACCGCCCAGAAAUAAUCAUCACUUCUCUUUCCGAUAAGAUUUUGGAGGAUUCCCCUCCUGGAAUGGUGGUGGCCCUCUUCAAAAUACGGGACCGAGAUUCUGGGGAAAACGCAGAGGUUGCAUGUAGUUUAAGCAACCAUAACCCGUUUAAGAUUCAUUCUUCUUCCAAUAAUUACUACAAGUUGAUGACAGAUAGAACCCUGGACCGGGAACAAACCCCAGAGUACAAUGUCACCAUCACAGCCACGGACAGGGGCAAGCCGCCCCUCUCCUCCAGCGCAGUCAUCACUCUGCAGGUUACUGACGUUAACGACAACGCGCCGACUUUCCAACAAUCCGCCUACCUCGUCCACAUCCCAGAAAACAACCAGCCCGGUGCCUCCAUAAUCCAAGUCUCAGCGUGGGAUCCAGACCUGGGGCCCAACGGCCAAGUGUCCUACUCCAUCCUGGCCAGCGACCUGGAGCCAGGCGCGCUGUCGUCCUACGUGUCGCCCGUCCGCUACUCCAUUCCCGAGGAGCUGCCCCGGGGUUCGGUGGUGGGGAACCUCGCCAAAGAUCUGGGGCUCAGCGUCCCAGAAGUGUCUGCUCGCAAGCUGCGAGUCAGCGCCGAGAAGCUGCACUUCAGCGUGGACGCGGGGAGCGGGGACUUGGUGGUGAAGGACCGCAUAGACCGCGAGCAGAUAUGUGGGGAGAGAAAAACGUGUGAGUUGCAGCUGGAAGCCGUGGUGGGAAACCCUUUAAAUAUCUUCCAUCUCGUUGUGAUGAUUGAGGAUAUUAAUGACAAUGCUCCACAAUUUGAUAAAAAGAAAAUACAAUUGGAAAUUGUUGAAUCUAUGGCCAUUGGUACACGAAUAUCCCUAGAUCCUGCUACCGACCCAGAUAUAAACUUAAACUCAAUUAAAGAUUACCAGAUAAGUCCUAACCCUUAUUUCUCAUUGGUGGUCAGAAUUAAUUCUGAUGGUGACAAGUUCCCAGAGUUAUCUCUAGAGAAACUCCUAGACAGGGAAGAGCAGAGAUCUCAUCGCCUGAUCUUGACUGUCUUGGACGGAGGGGAACCACCACAAAGUGCCACCACUCAAAUAGAAAUAGCUGUAAAGGACAUCAAUGACAACCCCCCGGUGUUCAGCAAAGACGAAUAUAGAAUCAGCGUUAGUGAAAGUCUACUCCCAGGAUCCCCAGUGUUGCAAGUGAUGGCCACUGAUAAAGAUGAGGGACCCAAUGCAGAGAUCAGCUAUUACUUCCGAAGCACAGCCCAGAGCACGAGACACACGUUCUCACUGGAUGAGAAAACUGGUAUGAUCAAGAAUAACCGGUCACUGGACUAUGAAGAUGUGGACAGAUACACCAUGGAAGUAGAAGCAAAGGAUGGAGGUGGUCUCUCUUCCCAGUGCAAAGUCAUAAUAGAAAUCCUAGAUGAAAAUGACAACCACCCCGAAAUUAUCCUCACUUCUCUCUCGGAUCAUAUUUUAGAGGAUUCCCCUCCAGGAACAGUUGUUGCCAUUUUCAAAACGCGGGAUGGGGAUUUCGGAGGAAAUGGGGAAGUCAAGUGCGAAAUAGAAAAAGAUCUUCCUUUCAAGAUUCAUUCUUCUACUACUAACUACUACAAACUGGUGACAGAUGGAGUGCUAGACCGAGAGCGGGACCCAGAGUACAAUCUUACCAUCACCGCCACAGAUGGAGGCAAACCGCCCCUUUCCUCCAAGACAUAUAUCAACCUACACGUCACUGACGUCAAUGAUAACGCACCCGUUUUCAACCAGGCUUCUUACUUGGUCCACGUGGCUGAGAACAACCCUCCCGGAGCCUCCAUCGCCCAAGUCAGCGCCUCCGACCCAGACCUGGGGCCCAACGGCCAAGUGUCCUACUCCAUCCUGGCCAGCGACCUGGAGCCAGGCGCGCUGUCGUCCUACGUGUCAGUGAGCGCGCACAGCGGGGUGGUGUUCGCCCAGCGCGCCUUCGACCACGAGCAGCUGCGCUCCUUCCAGCUCACUGUGCAGUUUCUUCCAACUGUAAGCAUGGAGGACAUGACCAGCAGAUUUAUGAAUAGUGAAUGUAUACAAAAUUAUAGCUGCAUCUAUUUUUACAUGGGAGAUGACUCCAAGCUUUGUUCACAUUUCCAAGGAUUCUUUUGGUUCCCCUAA